UUUUCUCUCUUAGUGUCAAUGACAGCUGAGUGGUAACAACUUCGUUCCACUGUAAUUUAUUUUAUUUCAUUUAUUCGUUAUUUCUUAAAUUAUUUAGUUUUCAAUAAAAUGUCCAAGUAUACAAAUAAUAUUUUUUUUAAAUCAAAAGUUAAAAUUUUAAACUGAUAAAUGUAUUUUUAUAUUGUUAUACUUUAUAACUUUGGCAUUGUUUGAAAGAGAUAACAACAACAAAAAAUAUUGGAAUGUAUUCCGUACGUGUGCUAUCAGUACAUUAAAAUAAGUAAUUUUAAAAUGAUACUCGUACAAUAUCACGAGAAUGCAGUUAACUUUUUUAUUGAGCUUUAUUAUAUUGCGUAGUGGUACUGCUGAUUAAUGUUUUAUGAAAUUUAGUUUCAAUCAAUACAACGAUCAAUUUAUAUACUCAUGUACCUGAUACUAGUAUUUUCUAUUAGAUGUAGUUGACAUAAUUAUUAUUUAUUUUAAAAUUAUAUACAAACAAAAAAAAAUGCGAAAAUUGUGGUGGUAUCUUGAUUUUCUCAUAUUUAUUACGCUUAUUUUAAUUGUUGUGUACACAUGGAUCCCGGUAUUAUAUCAAGACUCGAAGACUUCAUAUCAGGCAGUUAAAAGACGAUGGAAUCAUUCACCGGGUCACUAUAAACAAGUCAAAACAAUUCUUUUUUGGAAUAAAAUGUAUGCGGAAAAGCAUACAGACUUUAUGUUUGGUGUCGGAGAUAUUUUUAAAAAUUGCCCUGUACCUCAUUGUUAUGCUACACCUGAUAGAAAGUUAUUUAAUUUUAUAACGGAUUAUGAUGCCAUAUUAUUUCAUGGAAUUGAAAUGCAGCUAAAUGAUUUACCGACUUAUAGAUCUACUCAUCAACGUUAUAUUUAUUUUUCAUGGGAAUCACCAGUUUCGAGACCAUUAAAUGACCACGAAUUUGUUUUAAAUCCAAAUUUUUAUAACUGGACAAUGUCUUAUCGAUUGGAUUCAGAUAUACGUAGGCCUUAUGGCCAGAUUAGAGAUAUUAAGAGUAAUAAAAUUAUUGCACCGCCACGUGAUCCAGAUGGAAUUGUUAAAUGGAGAUCACCUUAUGAUAAUAAAUACAUUCCGACUGAAGAUGAGAUGUUGAUUAUUAAAGGGAAAAAAAAAAUGGCUGCUUGGUUUGUUUCACACUGCGAAACUAAUUCUCAACGAGAAAUAUUAGUAAACAAUCUUCAGCAAUACUUUGAGAUUGACGUUUAUGGUAAAUGUGGUGACAAACAUUGUAAUAAAACAAUAAAUCAUGAUUGUUAUAAUCUUGUUGAGCGCGAUUAUUAUUUCUACUUGUCAUUUGAAAAUACACUUUGCAGAAAUUACAUAACUGAGAAAUUAUUUUUACCAAUGGAAAAAUACGUUAUUCCAGUAGUUUACGGUGGCGCUGAUUAUGCACAAUUUGUUCCACCACAUUCUUAUAUUGAUGUGAGAAAUUUUAAUGAUACUGGACAAUUGGCUAAAUUUUUGUCGAAAUUGUCAAAUAAUCCAACGGAAUAUGCUAAAUAUUUUUGGUGGAAAAAAUAUUAUUCAAUUGAGGAUACAAAUGAAUCAACACUUUGUGAUCUCUGUGAAAAACUUCACGAUCCAACGUUGCCAAGAAAGAGUUUAGAAAAUUUUAAAAAGUAUUAUAUUAGGGACCAGUGUGUUUACACGAAAUUGAUAAAUGCAACGGUCGCUUGAAAAAUAAAAAAAAAAUUUGAAAUUUUUAUAAU